AGAAUUAUGCCCCGAGACGUCCGCAAAAGGGUUGGUUUAUGGCCUUAUUUAAUCAUGACCAUCGUAAAGACAGCAAUAAAGACGAUGGUAAUAAAGACGGCAAUAUCAAAGACGGCAAUAGCAAAGACGGCAAUAGCAAAGAUGGCAAUAUCAAAGACGGCAAUAUCAAAGAUGGCAAUAUCAAAGACGGCAAUAUCAAAGAUGGUAAUAUCAAAGAUGGUAAUAUCAAAGAUGGCAAUAGCAAAGACGGCAAUAACAAAGACGACAAUAGUAAAGACGACAAUAAUCCUACGAAUAAUUCCAUUAAUUUAUCGGAAAAAAAAUCAAAUGUGAAUAAUCAAAAGAAAAUCGAAAAACCAGUCAUCGAAUUAAGUAAAGCAAUGCUAAUUGAUAUUGAUCCAUCGAAAACGAGUGAUCGAAGAGAAACUGCAAUUUUACAUUAUGAUGUAAUUCAUAAUCCAGAUAAUUGUUAUCAUAUUCAAUUAAAUUGGCUUGGAUGCACUGCACGCCUUAUAGAAGAUAUGUUGAAAAAGUGGAGUAAUGCAACUGAAAAAAAAGGAUUGAAAUUAGUGGAAGUACCUGUUGAACAAGCAAUGAGUUUAACCGAAAAUAAUCCAUUUCAAUCUCCUGUAGCAAUAAAAUUAGCAGUACAACCACCAACUUUGGAAUUACCAGGAAAGAAAUUACAUCCAACCAUUAAUCCACAUUUAUAUUUUGAGACACAAUUGGCGAAACGUUUUAAGUUUAUAUUGGAUGUUGAAGCAGAUAGUAGAUUUCCAGACGAUAUCGAAAUCAAAUAUUCAUAUUUUAAAACUCCAUACAAAUAUUCACAAUAUAUACAUCGUUCAGGUGUAGCAUUCAUACAAAUAUGUAAUCCAGGAGAAGGGUAUUUAUGGGUAAACAAUCGAUUGUUUACUACACAUCACAACAAGAUCUUAUCAAAUCUUCAAGUGAAUCCUGAUGUUUUAUUGAGAGAAUUUCAAAGUUUUUGUGAAAAUGAGGUGGAACUACGGAAAUUCUGGGAAGAUGUGAAAAAUAGGAUACUUUAUAUUGAUGAAGUUGAAGAUCUCUAA